AUGACACCCUCAGAUCAGCCCCUCGAAGUCCUUGUGAUCGGCGCAGGCAUUGCUGGUCUCUCGGCAGCUAUUGCCCUCGGAAAGCAGGGGCACCAUGUGGUGAUUCUGGAAAAAUCGGCUUUUUUGAAGGAGACUGGUGCCGCAGUCCAUUUGCCGCCGAAUUGCACUGCCUUGCUACGCUGGAUGGGCAUUGAUCCAGUUGAUUUCGGGGGCACAUUGCUGCAUGAGGAGUGGUAUCUGGUGCAUCGGGUUGAGCUGCACAAUCACCUCAAGCAACGCGCCCUUGAAACCGGAACACUGCAUACACGGUGUAAAGUCACCGAGGUCAAUCUGGAGGGGGUUUGCCCGUCAGUCACCCUCGCUGAUGGUCGCACUUUCAAAGCUGAUCUGCUCCUUGGUGCAGAUGGACUGCAUUCAGAAAUUCGCCAGAGUAUUGCCCCGGGCUCUCCCUCCCCAUACCCCGUGGGCAAGUCAUGCUUUCGUUGGCUCCUUCCCACAGAUCAACUAAGGCAAGAUGUAAACACUGUGGACUUUGUGCGAGACACUGGCGUGUUUAUUGAGUGGGCAUCUGAUGAUCGGCGACUCGUGGCUUACCCUUGCUCUGAUAGCAAAAUCCUCAAUCUUUGUGCUUUUGUCCCAUUAAAUGAAGUUCAAGCAGAUAAUCAAAGCGAAAGCUGGCAGGCAGCUGGAGACAAGACUACGAUUGUCAACGCCUUUUCCAACUUUUCACCUGGUGUUCAGCAAAUCAUCGCAAGCGCGGACAAAAACCUCAAAGUAUGGGAUUUGUACGAUAUGGAGGCGCUGCCGACCUGGAUUCGAGGCCAUGCUGCUCUUCUGGGAGACGCCGCACAUCCGUUCCAGCCAUACAUGGGACAGGGGGCAGCUAUGGCAAUUGAAGAUGCUAUCAGCAUUGCCACCUUGCUUCCUUAUGGUAGCACACCGCACGAUAUCCCCAUGCGACUCGAAAUGUAUCAAAUGGCUCGUCGACCGCGGGUCGACCUUGUCCUCCACUAUACUCGGAUGAACGGACGGGAUGAAAAUGAUGUAUCUGGCGAUAGAAUAUCGGGCUCACUGCCGCGACCUAGGACAGCGGGGCCAACUUCAUCUCCGACUCCUCCGCCUCCGACGCCUGUUCAAAAGGCAUACAGUGAAGCUCGGCAUUUUCUCACUGGUCUAAUCAGUCGUCCGACGGAAUCAAACAAACAUGUCACCAUUUUGCGACAUUCCCAUGGACUGGUCUUCUACCGUGGACCCACUACUUCGGUCGCUAUAUCAAUCUUCUCCGAUGUCCCGUUACCACCUGAACACACCUUGUGGUUGCAGAGCAAAGGUUGGACCGGGAAGACCGGGAUGCAAUUCAAGUCAUUCCUCCGUCUCCGAGAUAGCUGGCUAGAUGUGACUCCGGGUAUGCCAUUGAGGGCUGAUCAGGUUACCCCGGAUGAUGAACGAGCUUGGCAACGCGACAUCAAGAAAUUCCGAAAGAAGGCUCCGCCCCGUCCGCGCGACACACAUCAGCUACGUGAAACUGCCGUUGUGCGGAUUCCCGCCGAAGCAGGCGAUGGUUAUUUUCAACUAGUUCUCUGCCAAGGACUCAAGAAGAAAGUGCUUGGCAAUAGCCCUGUGUUCCGUGUUCUCUCGACGUCUACUGCCCCCAGCUCUAUCCGUGGUGCGAGCUUGAGCACGUUGCCACUGGAGGUUGGGGCGAUGGUUGUGAGUCUUUACGCCCACACUGCAGCGCGAACUGUGGCAGGCCCAGCUGCUAUGGCGGUUCAAUCCAAAGUUGCUCCGUUCCAAGCUAAAGCUGCUGCGCUUCGUCCAUCGUGGGUGACCAAGACUGUGGUACAAAAGGCUUACGCGACUACUGGUAUCGAGAACCGUGUGGGCGGUAUCAUAAACGGCCCCAAAGGCCCCAUUGGGCGAUCCCAGAUAAAUCUAGCAGCGCCAGAAAUAGCUGGAAGCAGCCCGGUCUCUAUCGAUGUCGGUCCUCAGCCACCGUUUCCUAUGACAUUCAAAGCUCGCUGUCAAACCGAUCAAAUCUCCUAUCCCAGCAACCCUGAUGAUAUACCGAAGUUGAGCUUGGUUAGAAUGCCAGACUGGGUGACUGAGCAGUUAAGGGGCUACUUCUUCGGCUGGGCCCGAUUUGACACUGGGUCGAGCAAAGGCCCUUCGAUUGGUGAAUGGUGCCCAGCGAUCUUGUCUGUGCGGGCAUUGGAUCCACUACAGGCGGCGAGAGUAAAUCUGGCUCAGGUAUCGAAACGCGUGGUCGCAAUUCGCCUCCUCGAGGAUGUUCCUCCUCAAACAAGCAAAAUCGAGAUUCGUGUUUUGGGUUAUCUCCGCGCUGAAAUCCCACCGCCCACUGGGACCACGAGCAAAGAGCUCGUUGACGCGCAAGCCGCAGCUGCAGAGGCGGCUCUGCUCGCUGAUGUAUACGACGCAUCUGUUGUGCAGGAUACUCUGGCCCAUCCUGCGUGGGCCGCGGAACACCCAGCGGUCUUGGACCUCCAACAAGACUCGAGUUGGAUUGAUCGCACGGUCGAGGGAUACACCAAUAUCAUCACCCGUGGACAGAAGUUGGUAGAGCAAGUUCCAUUACACCUGAUUGGAGUUCGGUCUGUCACCGAUGAGCUCAGAGAGAGCCAAAUUGCUGUAAAUGGGUUUUUUAUUGUCCGAUAA